GUCCCACUAAAGAGAAGUCGUACCGCGUAUUUAUACGAUAUAUGAUGUAUUCGUUUCAAGCUGAUUCUUAAAUAAGAAAGGCACAAUAUUGUAAAUUAAUUAAGAGUUGACAGUUUAAUCGAAAACCGUAAAAAUGUUUACACGAGCAUCCGCGAUCGCUUGUCGACGAGCAGUUUUAAAAACAAAUAUGAUAUCACAGGAAGUAAUUACUUAUAGACAUAUUCAUUUAGUCAGUCAAAUAAAAAGAACUCCCAGAAGCAACUCCUUGUUCAAUGUGCACAAAAACUGCAGAAUUACAGGAAUUUCUUUAGUUCGUUAUGCUAGUAACAAUGAAACAUCAUCCCAGAAAAGUCCAUAUGAUGAAAUACCAGAUCCACCAUCACCAUUAGAGGAUAUAGUAGAAAAUAUUGCGAAAGUGCAUCCAAAUGGAGAGGCAACUCUGGAGAGCAUAGGACUAGGUGGUUACACUCCAGUCGGACUUAUACAGAGAUUUAUGGAAUAUAUGCAUAUUAGUUAUGAUGUUCCAUGGUGGACAACAAUUGUCAUAGGUACUCUUUGUGUAAGGAUUUUAAUAUUCCCUUUGGUAAUAAAGGCACAGAAAAAUAUGAUCAAAUUCAAUAAUCAUAUGCCAAUGGUACAAGAACUGCAAGCAAAACUGACAGAGGCCAGGCAAUGUGGCGAUCAUAUUGAAAGUGCACGAUAUGCGACGGAAUUGAUGCAAUAUAUGAAAAAGAACAACAUCAGUGCAUUAAAGAAUUUCAUAGUACCAUUAGUCCAGGCACCAGUAUUCCUUUCCUUCUUUUUAGCUUUGAGAGGAAUGGCAAAUGCACCUGUGGAAAGCAUGAAACAUGGUGGUUUUUUGUGGCUACAAAAUCUUACUAUACAUGAUCCUUAUUAUGUAAUGCCGAUAGUUUGUUCUAUAACAAUGUAUAUCACAAUUGAAUUAGGUGCAGAUGGCACUAAUCUCAAAACAAUGGGUGUAUUACGAUAUGUCCUGCGAGCUGUGCCUUUUGUUAUAUUGCCAUUCAUGAUACAUUUCCCUGGUGCUAUCCUAACAUAUUGGGUAUCGACAAACUUUGUUUCUCUGGUGCAAACUAGUAUGUUAAAGAUCCCAUAUAUAAGAAAAGCUCUCGACAUGCCUAGUCCAAUAAAACAUGCUUCUUCAAUGUCUGGUUCAUUGAAGACCAAGAACUUCGCUGAAGAGUUUCGAGAAACUUGGACAAACAUGAAGAUAUCUAAGCAAUUAGCUGAUAGAGAAAGAGCGGAUGCAGUACAGUUUAAUGCCGCUGGUAAAGGUACUAUAAUAAAAACAUUUAAAUAUGAUCCAACAAAACAAAAAAAACAAUCAACUGUCCUCACAAAAGCCUGUAGCUAACAUCCUCUGCAAGAUCUUUUGCAGCCUCAUCUGGGAAAUUGCCAACACCAAUACUUUCAGCUAUCACUUUGAUAGAUUCUUGAGACAAGGUUGUCCCAUAAAUGG